CAAUUUAAUUCGCUCUGCAACAUCAUAGAAUAGCGGCGACUAUCAUCUAUUUUAAUUACACAUUACAGCUGUAUUUUUACAAGUCAAUCAUCAAACUCAAACAAUGUGCGGAAUCUUAUCGAUAUUCCUGAACACCGAGUACGACGCUGCAUCGGACCUGUACCGGUAUGGCAACCGGAAGGAGUCCCUGCGGGAGCUGGCCUUCCGUCAAUCGGCCAAACAGCGGCACCGUGGUCCAGACCACACCGGUCUGGUAGUGGAUAGUGAGGCGGGAGUUGUGCUGGUCCAGGAGCGGUUGUGCGUGAUUGGUGUGAAAACGGGAACUCAACCGUUUGUGUCCGAGAACGGACAGGUUCUACUGGUGGCCAACGGCGAGAUAUACAACUAUCAGGAGAUGACUGAGGAAAUCAACAAAAAACUGGAAGUAGAUGAGAGAACGUACGUUCCUAGAAGUGAUUGCGACGUUAUUAUUGCAUAUUACGAGAAGUUUGGCGCUAAAGCAUUGAUGCAGACUAUUCGAGGAAUGUUCGCGUUUGUUCUGUACGAUAAGAAGGACGGAAAAGUACUGGUGGCGCGUGACCCUAUCGGCAUUAUUCCACUCUACAGUGGAACAGACUGCGAGGGCAACUUGUGGGUGGCAAGUGAAAUGAAAUGUUUAGUGGAAAAGUGCUCAGUAGUGGAUAUAUUUCCACCUGGGCAUAUGCAUUAUGGGUCAAGAGAAAAGUUAAAACCUGAAUGCUAUUUCAAGGAGGAUUGGAUUAACGAAAAACCUACAAAAAGGGUGGAUUUGGAGCAGUUGAAGCAACAUCUGGAGAAAGCUGUUGAGUCCCAUUUGCAGUGCGAUGUUCCAUUCGGAGCGUUGCUUAGUGGUGGAUUAGAUUCAAGCUUAGUGGCCUCCAUAGCCACCAAAAUCAUGAGAAAACGUUCCGGUCUUGACUACCGAUUAAAGACCUACAGCGUUGGACUUCCCGGUGGGCCAGACUUUGAAUAUGCGCGCAUGGUUGCAGAACACAUCGGUAGUGACCACACCGAGGUGCACUUUACCAUCGACGAAGGCUUGAACUACAUUCGCGAUGCCGUACUACAUGCAGAAACCUACGAUAUAACCACGGUACGAUGUACGAUUCCGUUGCUGUUGCUUUCGAGGCACAUCAAAAGCGAAGGCAUCAAAAUGGUCCUCUCCGGCGAAGGCGCAGACGAACUGUUCGGAGGAUACCUCUACUUUCACCAAGCACCAAACGCAGAAGAGUUUCACAAAGAAACGGUAAUGCGAGUGCAGAACCUGCACUACGCGGACUGUCUACGCGCCAACAAGGGCACCUCGGCAUGGGGUCUGGAGCUCCGAGUCCCCUUCCUGGACACCGAUUUCGUCAACCACGUCAUGAGCAUUUGUCCCGAAGACCGCAUGCCCAAGAACAAAAUCAACGGUACGGUUCUACCCAUGGAGAAGUACAUCCUGCGAGAAGCCUUCACCAAGGACUAUCUCCCUUCGAAAGUCCUGUGGCGGCAGAAGGAGCAAUUUUCCGACGGAGUUGGCUAUUCGUGGAUCGAUACCAUCACCAGGUACGCGGCGUCCCACGUCAGUGAUGCUGAUUUUGCCACGGCUGUCCAACGAUUCCCGAUCAAUCCGCCACCUACCAAGGAAGCCUACUACUACCGGCAGCUGUUCCAGGAGCUGUUCCCACACGAAAGUUGUGCAUCGACCGUUAAAAGGUGGGUGCCUCGAAUCGACUGGGGCUGUUCGGCGGAUCCGUCCGGCCGGAAGCAGAUUGUGCACAAGGAUAAUUAAACUGAAAUUUAGUAUUACAUUGUAGAUCUCUUAGUGUACACUUUAAUUCCAUAAAACUUGAAUAAUGUACAGCUAUGAACGGUGGUUUGCCCUAAUUUUGUUCAUCUCGAUACAGCACCUAACUCCGUACACGUCAUUUGUUUCUAAUGAUGUGGAAAGAUUUGGGAAUCACUGCAAGUUGAAGGGAAAUUGGGGUACACCGAGGAAUAAAACAAUAUCAAAUUCACUCUA